UAAUCAUAGCUCAGUUGUUCAGUGUCAGUGAUCUUGUGAAAAAUUCUUAGAGGAAAUACAUUUCGUAAAAAAUUAUGGAAAGAAUAUUCAUUUACUUGGCAGUUUUUGGAAUUCUUCUAAUUGCGCUUUGCCAUAGCGCACCAUUGAAUUCCAACGAAGCAGAAGCUAAAAAAUUCCUCAAUCAAACAAGUGACAAAUUAUUUCACCUUUUCGAUGAUAAUGCAAAAAGAGCUUAUUCCAAGAACAGUGAUGAAUCUAAUUCUUACGAUGUUCGAGAAGAAAAUAUCAAUUUUUCAAAAGUUUUGAAAAGUAUUGUUGAAAAUGCUAGAAAAUUUGACUUUAAAAAUUUUAAAGACAAAGAAUUGCAAUACGCCUUCGAAGAAGUGGUUAAAGUUGCUGAUGACAAAAUUAUUGGACCAGAAAAAUUUCUAGAAAUACACGAUUCCCUUGAAGAAUUUGACAAUAUUACCAAGCAUAAAAACACUCAAGUAUACGGUGACAAAAGCUCUAAGAAAGUUGCAUUAAAUCAUUAUUAUCAGAAGAUAUUUGAAAGAUGUGAUGAUCCAAUGGAAUUGCAUUUCUAUUGGAUUGCUUUGAGGACAUUGACUGGCGAAUGGGCAAAAGACAAUCUUGAUAAAACAAUCAAUGGAUUAAAAGAAGCUGCUAAGUUGAGUGAAAUGACUCCCUUGGAAUUUUGGUUGAGAGGCUUCAACAUGACUGAUAUGGAAAAAUUUGUGGAGGAAACUCGACCUCUUUAUUUGGAACUUCAUGCAUUUCUUCGUAAUCAAUUAAAAAAGAAAUACGGUGAAUCUGUUAUCCUGCCCGAUGGACUUAUUCAAGCACAUGUUAUGGAUCAGAUUCAAUAUCAAAUUUUGACAAACAAGAGUAUUAUUGAAGACAUGUUCCCAUAUGAGAAUCUACCUUCAUUCGAUACGAUCAUAAAAGACAAAUUCACGGCAAAAGAGAUAUACGAAAUUGCGGAGAAAUUUUAUGAAAACUUGGGUUUUGAGAAGUAUCCUGCAAGUUUUUGGGGAGAUCGAAUAAGGAUGUACACUUCUGAUGAUGAUGAUUAUGUUGAUGAAGAUGAAAGUGAUGAAAAAGAUGAAAAUGAUCAAAAUAAACAAAAUGUUCAAACUGAACAUAGUGAAAAUGACGAAAGUGGUGGUAACGAUAAUGAAGAUGAAGAUGAACAUGACGAUGAAGAUGAUGAAUGUUCACCCAGAAAUCAUCAUUUUACGCCAAAUAUUUAUUUAGAAUUUUGUGAGAAAAUAGACUACCACGGUUUUCUAAAUGCAUAUGCCGACAUGGGAUACAUCUAUUAUGCUAAGGAAAUGAAGGAUCUUCCAACAUAUUUCUUCAAUUACCCCCAUUAUUUGGAAUAUACAAUUGGUAAUGCUGUGAUGUUAUCGGCGUCAAGUACUCACAAUUUGAAAGCAAUUGGUAUGCUUCCCAAUACUAAGAUCAUCACACCGGAAGUUGAAAUAAAUGCUCUUUUAAGAAAUGCUAUUGGCACUCUUGUAUACAUUCCAUUGAAUUUUGUUAAUACUAAGGUUAUGGCUGAUCUGUUAACAGGAAACGUGAAAAUGGCAGAUUUAAAUAAACAUUAUUGGCAUCUAAUGGAGAAAUAUGCAGGUAUUGGUACACCAGAGUUUCAUGAGUCUGAUACUCUUGAUUUAUCAUCUGACUUUUAUACAGAAAUGAAUGAUAAUUUGAUGUCAAGUGAUCUCACAAAUGGUAUGCUAAGUUAUCAAAUCUACAAAAGAUUAUGUGAAAUUAGUGGAAAAUAUCCUAAAGAACCAUUACAUUUAUGUGAUAUCAGUGGAAGCAAAGAUGCUGGAAAUGCUUUAAAAAAAAUGAUGAGACUUGGAGUCUCAAAACCAUUCUACAAGGUACUUGCAACAAUGUUUCCAGAAAAUCCAACAAUUAGAACUGAAGGUAUUUUGGAAUAUUACGCUCCAAUUAAGAACUUGAUUACUGAGAAGAAUAAGGAAGCUAAUGUGAAGAUUGGUUGGAAAUCUUCUUCUAGCUGAAGUUAAACUAGAAAAAAAAUAUCAUUCAUAACAUUACUAAACUAAGUAAUAUAUAAAGUGGUUUGCACUUAAUUGCAAAUUAAUCAGAAUAAAAAAACUGCUUCAUUAAUAUUUA